UUCCCGGCCCGAGGCUCCGCCCCUGACGUGCUCGCGGCUCCGGCCCCCGCGCUCCCGCUGCGGAGCUCCGGGACUCGGCUGCCUGGGCGGACUCGCUCUCCAGCCGCGUACCCGGCUCUUUCCCUGCCAGCGCGGGGCCGCACGGCGGUCGCGGCCGGGCCCCUCGCCGAGGGAGCAGCGUGGGGGCGUGCUGGCGGGAGGCGUGGCCGGGGCGCGAAGCGACGGGCCCAGAUCAUGUCGCCAGAAGAAUGGACGUAUCUAGUGGUUCUUCUUAUCUCCAUCCCCAUUGGCUUCCUCUUUAAGAAAGCUGGCCCUGGGCUGAAGCGAUGGGGGGCCGCAGCGGUGGGCCUGGGGCUGACCCUGUUCACCUGUGGCCCCCACACCUUGCACUCGCUGGUCACCAUCGUCGGGACCUGGGCCCUCAUUCAGGCCCAGCCCUGCUCCUGCCACGCCCUGGCCCUGGCCUGGACCUUCUCCUAUCUCCUGUUCUUCCGAGCGCUCAGCCUGCUGGGCCUGCCCACCCCCACGCCCUUCACCAAUGCCGUCCAGCUGCUGCUGACACUGAAGCUGGUGAGCCUGGCCAGUGAGGUCCAGGACCUGCACGUGGCGCAGAGGAAGGAGCUGGCCCUGGGCUUCAGCACGGGGCCCACCGUGGGGCUGCUGCCCGAUGUCCCGUCUCUGAUGGAGACACUGAGCUACAGCUACUGCUACGUGGGAAUCAUGACCGGCCCGUUCUUCCGCUACCGCACCUACCUGGACUGGCUGGAGCAGCCCUUCCCGGGCGCCGUGCCCAGCCUGCGGCCCCUGCUGCGCCGCGCCUGGCCGGCCCCGCUCUUCGGGCUGCUCUUCCUGCUGUCCUCGCACCUCUUCCCGCUGGAGGCCGUGCGCGAGGACGCCUUCUACGCCCGCCCGCUGCCCGCGCGCCUCUUCUACAUGGUCCCGGUCUUCUUCGCCUUCCGCAUGCGCUUCUACGUGGCCUGGAUUGCGGCCGAGUGCGGCUGCAUUGCCGCCGGCUUCGGGGCCUACCCCGUGGCCGCCAAAGCCCGGGCCGGGGGCGGCCCCACCCUCCAAUGCCCACCCCCCAGCAGUCCGGAGAAGGCGGCCCUGCUGGAGUACGACUAUAAGACCAUCCGCAACAUCGACUGCUACGGCACCGACUUCUGCGUGCGCGUGCGGGACGGCAUGCGCUACUGGAACAUGACGGUGCAGUGGUGGCUGGCCCAGUACAUCUACAGGAGCGCGCCCUUCCGCGCCUACGUGCUGAGGAGCGCCUGGACCAUGCUGCUGAGUGCCUACUGGCACGGCCUCCACCCCGGCUACUACCUGAGCUUCCUGACCAUCCCGCUGUGCCUGGCGGCCGAGGGCCAGAUGGAGUCCGCCCUGCGCUGGCGGCUGAGCCCCAGCGGCCAGAAGGCCUGGGACUGGGUGCACUGGUUCCUGAAGAUGCGAGCGUACGACUACAUGUGCAUGGGCUUCGUGCUCCUCUCGCUGGAGACCACACUCCGCUACUGGGCCUCCAUCUACUUCUGCAUCCACAUCCUGGCGCUGGUGGCCCUGGGGCUGGGGCUGGCUCUAGGCGGGCGCAGCCCCGGCCGGCGGAAGGCGGCCCCCCAGGCCCCCCAGACCCCCAGCCUCGCCCCGGAGAAGCGCCGGGAGGAGUAAGGUGCCGCAGCACGCCCUCUGCCUGGCAGGCUGGCUGCCCACUUUUGCCUGGGAAUUCUGUGAACCAGGCCGCUGUUUCCUUUCCCAGAAAGAGCCCUUACUUUGGCUAGGAUCCCAGAGAGGGUUCCUGGUGCCUGGGGGAUGCCCUGCCCGGUGCAGGCAAAGCAGGAAGUGCCUCCGCCCCAGAGGUCUCCCUGCAGCCCGGCUCUCCCUGGGGGCCUCCUGUGAAAUCAAGAGAUUGCCCAGAGAAGGAAUCUCCGUUCCAUCUGCUCCAGCUUCCCAGGUGUCCAGGGAGCCCCUGCCCCCUGCCCCGGGGUGCAGUGGUUUUCUUCAGAGCCGCAGUGUGGGGUGGGAGGCUCUUUCCUGCCUCUUUUGCCCGAUUUUAGCUCAUCCGAUCAGUAUUUCAGCACUGGAAGGGAACAUAACCUUCCUGGGCCACGAAGGGAAACGGAUCUGAUGGUCAGGUCUUGGAUGUAUCUUCUUGCAGCUUCUGUCCAAGGCACCUCAGGGCCCCAAGCCCCUGUUGUCCUCUUGUCACCCCCUUGGCCUAAGGCAGGGUCAGUGUUUAAAUCUUUUCCAAUAAAGUGCUGUGCAGGA